AUGGCCUUCGGGUCAUUGAGAGGCACAUUCUUUGGCUCUGUCACUCUACGUGAAUACUACCUACUGUUUUCAUCGAUCUGGCUACGGCCGCAUCUUGCUCUAUGCAGGAGGUUGAAGAAGACGUCCCCAUGUUUUUCAGCAUAUGUAGAUAUCUACACCCCAUACAGAGAGAGCCCUAAACUUUCUCCCCUGUCUAUAUCACCCGAGUCAAUCGACAGGAUCUCACAUCCAGAUCAGGAACGAACAUCGAUCAAGUGGCGACGUGUCUGCCUAACUCGCCACCAACUCGACUCAUCUCUAUAUAAGAGUCCCGUCGGAGCCAAAAACAAGACACGGCCAGGAACAGGGACAAGAAAGCUACCUCCAAAACUACAGAAGACGCAAAUCGUGCAAACAGACAGAACACAAGCAGCAAAGAUGCCUGUGCCACUGGGUCCAGAAUCCAAGAAAAAGGACAAAUCCACCGUGGGCCCCAACGGCAAAAGCAACAUGAACGACCCCUUAUCAACGCCAAAUACCACUAUCACCAUGACCGCCACUGCCGAAACGACCACGAAUGUCCCGCCCACAGCGUCGGGUAGAGGGCCCGGCGUGAUGACGCAGGAGGAGGUUGAUCGACUGUACGAAGAGCGCAUGGAAGAGGAGUACGCGAAGCGCGAGGGGGGCGCAUGA